CUGGAAGCAUGGUAUCUGUGAUAAGCCAGGGAACCCAGAGACCAAGCUGCCACUGGUUCACUGGGACGCCUGACCCACAGCGUUCAGUGUUUAAGCCUUUCAUCUUUACCAACAAUGUCAAGAUAUCUCCACAUAUCCAGCCCCCCCAAGAUUCUGCGAGGAAGAUCCUGCCAAGGUGAUUCCACGCUUUGCCAAGAAGGUGAACCGUACUCACUUGUUGUACCGAAGGCAGCAGGCAGCCACAGAGAAUGGUGGGAGCAUCGUGGAUACACUGAGGGAAUUGGAGAGAAAUUGUGUGAGGGAAACAGAAGCUUGUCUGGAAAGCUUUGACCCCGAAAGGUUAUGCGAAAUGGAUGACCUCUUCAAAGAUUGUGUUGAUUCCGAGCUCAAGUUUUAUAAGUAAUUUUUCAUUCCUUGCUCCUCUUUCAUAAUACCAAAACAUGCAUGCUAGUUUGUAAAUCAACAGGGUUGACUUUCAGGCUCUUAGUUUGGAGGCUUAUGAUAGCUGUAACCUCAUCCAGUUACUUAUAUUAUCAUCUUUUUUUAUAGCCUAAAUUAAAAAAGGUGAAUAUUAUUUGUAACAUUCCUUAAUUACUGUUAUCAUUUUAAAGCCUGCUGAAACAGUCUAUAGAAAAAUAAAAUUAUAAAUUUACUAGGAGGAGACUGGCUCGUCAUCACAAAUUGCAGUAUAUGCAACAAGAAAAUUUUUAGUUUUGUCAUUUUCCCAAGUGGGAAACGAGCCUUUGUGCAUGAGCGUAUAUUUCCUGGCAAAGUUUUCAAAUGAGUUCUUCCACUGGCAUCACAAGUUUGGUGAUUUCCUAAGCCACAGUAUUUAUUGAUAAGGUUUUUUGGUACUACUUAAGCAUCCGAAUACGACAUCAGUAGUCUGUAGUUAACACAUUAUCAUAAUCACCGCAAAAGAGGCCCAGUCGCAAGGUGACCGCUGCAACAAGCAUUAGCCCGAAGAGAAUCACAGCAAAUGCAACUAGGCUAUUGUGGACAAGUGGUACGUCACCAUGCAGAGGGGAUGCAGGCCACUUGUCAGGGGAAAGGCAGGGGGUAGGGGGGUGGCAAGGCUUCUAGACUUGUUCUCUGUAGAAGGAUAAGAACUGUGCUCAUGAAAAGAUAUACACACACACACACACAGGCAUGAAUAUACACACAUACACACAUGCCUGCAUGAAUAUAGACACACGCACCCACAUGCACCCAAACACACACGCAUACCCACACACAAACACACAC